CGGCUGUUGCCAGGGGAGACAGGCGCCGAGAGCCGGAAGGUGCUGAGGCGCAGCGCGGGAACGCUGGCCAGCAUGGCGGUCUCUGCGGCUCCCGGCGCUCCGGCCGCUUCGGGGUCCGGGUAUCGGAGCUGGUGCUCGUGUCCCGAGAUGCCAUGCGCCACCUUCUUAAUGGCGCUGGUCUCGCUGCUGGUCUCCGGGCCCCGCCUGUUCUCGCUCCAGCCCCCUCAGGCGCCCUCGGACCUGUCGCUGCGGUCCGAGGCUGUGCGCCACUGGCAAGUUUACAGGCUGGUGACUUACAUCUUUGUCUAUGAGAAUCCAGUCUCCCUGCUCUGCGGUGCGGUCAUCAUCUGGCGCUUUGGCGGCAAUUUUGAGAAAUCCGUGGGCACUGUCCGCCAUUGCUUCUUCACCUUGAUCUUCACCGUCUCCUCCGCUGUCAUCUUCCUGUCACUUGAGACUGUGUCAUCGCUGUCAAAGCUGGGCGAGGUGGAAGAUGCCAGAGGUUUCACCCCAGUGGCUUUCGCCAUGCUGGGAGUCAGUUCUGUCCGCACUCGCCUGCGGCGGGCCUUGGUGUUGGGUGUGGUCAUGCCCUCCAUCCUGGUGCCAUGGCUCCUCCUGGGUGCCUCUUGGCUCAUUCCGCAGACCUCUUUCCUGAGCAACCUGUGUGGCCUUUUGAUUGGACUAUUAUAUGGCCUCAUGUACUGCUGUAACCUUGACAUCCCGGAGCGAGUGGCCCUGAAGCUCGACCAGACACUCCCCUUCAGCCUCAUGAGGAGGAUACCCAUGUUCAAGUACGUCUCGGGGUCCUCGGCUGAGCGCAGGGCAGCCCAGAGCCGCAAGGUGAACACUGUACUCGGCUCCUACCCCACACAGAGCCGCCCCACCACCCAGAUGCAGCAUGCCAGUGGCCAGCAGCCAGCGCCCUGGCCGACCUGCGCUCCGGGGCACGUGCCCAGCCUGCCUCCAUACCAGCCGGCCUCCGGCCUGUGUUACGUGCAGAGCCAUUGUGGUCCAACCCCUGGCUCCUCCAGUGUCUACCCAGUUCCUUCGGGGACCUCCCUGGCGGUCCCCUCCGCCGCCCCCAUCAGCUGCCCUGGCUCAGUGAACUCUGUGGUUCGGGGCCCUCCGGCACCUGCCAGCUCCCGGGAGGUGUGCACCGUCCGCAUGCCCUGAGGGAGUCUCUGGGGAAAGUCAGCUCACAGCUUGGCCUUCUGAGCUAAGAUUUUCUUUACAAAAAAAUUGCUGAAUACCUCUGUGCACCA